CUCCGUCCAGCUACAGAAGGGAAGUUAGCUGAGUGUUUCCCUGUUUAGAUUUUUCAGUUCUGCAAAACUAUGGGCUGUAAUGUUGAGGAUGAAUUUCCAAAGAAAACUGGACUUUACAGUGUGACCGACCUCCGGAGUCUGGCAGCUGCACUUGGAUUUCCAAGUAAUUCACUGGAGAGUUGUCUCCCAUCUGGAUCACUGUGUAAAGGAAUUAUCACCUCCAAGGAACUACACAGGCUAUUGGAUCUUGGUUAUUUUACUUCUGCUUUGCAUUUCACCUUCAACAUGAAAAGCGGCUUGUACAAUGUCAAGCUGAUCUUAAAGUGCCUUAAUCUGUUGGAUAGAAGCGCUCUCAGUUUUGCUGCUGUUCAAGAAGCAAAAGUGGCAUUUUGUGCAUAUGAGCAUCUUGACCAGAAGGGGGUAAAAGCAGAGACCAAUACGCUGCUCAAAGCUAUCAAGAUGUGUGGCUUUGCAGUGUCCUCGCAGAAACUUUCUAUGUAUGUGAGGCAGAAUAGAUCAAGUUUUGUGGAACCUGGAAGAGUUCAGCUUUAUGAAUUCCUGGAUUUGCUUACAAUCUGUGAACCAAAAAACAAGUUUUCAAUACAAGAAGAAAGAGUGCCAAGUACUGACAAAACAAGUAGAGGUUUAUACCAGAUGGAUGACAUGAGGACCGCCAUGAUGACCCCUGAUGAGAAGUUGGCACAUCAUCUAAAUCGGAGGUUCCAACAUGUAGACAGUUGGAUGUUACCUCAAGAGACAAUCGCAACAGCACAACCCCUUACCUCAAGAAAAUGCCAGCGGACUGAAAACCUUAAUGGAAGAAGGCCACAUCCUCCAAAAAGACGAAAUGAGUCCUCUCAUGAAGGAACAACAGAUGAACCCUGGACCAUUGUAACUCCUGUACCCCAGCUUCGAUGUCAUUGUUACACACCCAAAAGGGAAAAGCCCAUACAGACUAAGCAAGAUAUUCAGAAAACAAAGAACAAUAUAGAAGAACUCCUGUAUGAAAUGGAAACUUUGGGUGAGAAAACUCGCUGGGAUCUCAACUGGAAACUAGAUUAUUAUUUACCAGGUUACAGAGAGCGCUCUGCUACUAGACAUGUAUCAGCUGUUCCACAACCUCCAAAAACGAUAAAAAAGAAGAGCUGUAAAGAUGAUGUUUUUAAAAGGCUGUCUGCUUCAAGAAGGAGCUGUGAACUCUGGAUUCUUCCUGGUCCCGCAGCAGAAUUAUGUGGAUGGAGGGAAGGAGCAGCACUGACAGAGGCCUACUCAGCUUCAGGAUACCAUCUCCUUGUCAUGCCAUAUCUUGUGAUGCUCAUAAGUUGGGUAUUGCUGACAAGACCCAGAAAGAAAGACUGAAAUGUUCCACUGCAACGCUUCAUGGAAGUCAAAAAUAUUGAAGAAACUAAAACUUGCCAGCUUAACUAUCUAUGAAUUUUAUAUAUCCAUUAUAUUGAAAAUAGUUAAAUCUAGAAGUUAAAGAUAACAAAAUAAAGAUGGCUUUCAAUUUUGAAUGUUUUUUUAUGGCAUUUCUAAUAAUUUAAUUACAAGGCUUUGUUUACACUGCAUUAUUGUCACAGGCAAGGAAAAGUGCAGCCCUGUGCUGACCAAGACCACUGUCCCUGCCUUAUGGGGUGCCCACCUCCUUAAUUGUAUCGCAUCACAAUAAAAAGCAAGCUGGGCAAAACAUUUAUGUUUGGGCUGACCACAGAGAGUGACCUUCUGUCAUCUGCAUGGUUGGUGCACUAGAAAUCCCAGCAGUGUCACUGCAGAAUGAGUUCACAUUGCAAUACAAAGCAAGCUGAGGAAAGCAGUAGGCUGACCUGUGUUUUAAGAUAAAAAAAAAAAAAGCAUUAAAAGCAUUGAGAGUGAAAGCCACAUUUCC